CGGCCGGAGACCGAGCAUGGACUCGAAGGCCGCGGAACGGCCUCCGGAGGAGACCCUGUCGCUGUGGGAACGGGAACAAACCUGGCUGAAGGCCCGCGUGGUAGACUGGGACACAGAGCCGUGGCAACAAGACCCCAGCUUCUCGGGGCUGCAGAGGGUCGGGGGUGUCGAUGUGUCCUUUGUGAAAGGGGACAGUGCCUGUGCCUGUGCCUCCCUGGUGGUGCUCAGCUACCCAGAGCUCGAGGUGAUCCACGAGGAGAGCCGCAUGGUCAGCCUGACCGCCCCCUACAUCUCCGGCUUCCUGGCCUUCCGCGAGGUGCCUUUCCUGGUGGAUUUGGUGCAGCGGCUGCGGGAGACAGAGCCAGGCCUCAUGCCCCAGGUCCUUCUUGUGGAUGGGAACGGGCUGCUGCACCCCCGAGGCUUCGGUGUGGCCUGCCACCUCGGUGUCCUCACAGGGCUGCCCUGCGUUGGGGUGGCCAAGAAGCUCCUGCAGGUGGACGGGCUGGAAAACAACACCCUGCACAAGGAGAAGAUUCAAGCUCUGCGGGCUGCGGGGGAUAAGUUUCCUCUGACAGGAGAUUCUGGGGUUGUCCUGGGAGUGGCCCUGAAGAGCCAUGACCGCAGCUCCAAGCCACUCUACGUCUCUGUGGGCCACAAGACCAGCCUGGAGACAGCCGUGCGCCUGACCUGCCGCUGCUGCAGGUUCCGGGUCCCCGAGCCAGUGCGCCAGGCUGACAUCCGAUCUCGAGAGCACAUCCGCAGGACCCUCGCGCCCCCAGGGCCACCUGCACCGGGCCGGGAGAGGACCCAGAAGGUGCAGGGGCCAGAAGCACGUCCCAAAGGAGGCCAGGGCGAGGGCAGCCGCCGAGGGCCGGGCCCCGAGCCGGAGGCCCCACCGCCAGGCCCCCAGGAGCAGGACGGGGACCGGCGGGCUGGGGAGGCCGUGCAGCACCAGCCGCUGGAGCCGCCUCAGAGCGGGGGCUGCGCCGAGGAGCCGGUCCCCGGAGACGGCGAGGGUGACCCCGCCCAGCCACUGGUGGAACACAGGAGCCGGGCGGGCGCCGCGCAGCUGGCCCAGCCGUGGCCCCAGCCAUAGCCCUCGCCGGCCACGGCGGUGGCUGGAAGGGCUCUGGGCAGCUGGGCUUGACAUCAGCCUCACUGCGCCCUCCUGCCUGGGACUGCUGGCCUUGGGUGGCCUUGCCGGGGCCGCGGAGGGGCUGGCCUGGGCUGGGCUGGGAGCCCCCCCACAUAACAGCUGACCUCAGCCCAGUGCCUUACCCCCCUCCAGGGCCAGCGGAGGGGCUGGGCUCCUAGGUGCGCCCCUGCAGAGUCCUCAGCCCCUCACCCCUCACUCCCCCGCCCAGACCCCAGCCUCCCUGGAGUGGGGCUGACCGGUGAGGGCCCACUUCUGGUCAGGAUGGAGGGGCAGGGAUGGAAACGUCCACGUGCCAGCAGCCACGGCUCCGGCUGAGCCCCAGGCUCUGCCCUCCCUGCCCCCACUGCUGUCUGGACGGGCAGAACGGCCGGGUCCCCCAGCAGUUGGUGGCCAGUUGGUGGUGGGUGACAGGACCCCCUGGGCGCAGUCUUGCACAGUCCUUGACGGGGAGAAGGGCUCCCGCUUGGAGCCUGGGGUCUCACCAGGAUUCGGGGUGUGUGUGAGACAAGCAUCCCUGUGCACUCGGAUGCCAGCCAGUGAAGCAAGGGUCCUGGGGUCCAGUCCUAGGCUGGGCCUGGACACGGCCCCUGGAGGUAGAGGAAGCCUGCCCGGACACGCCCGUCCCACGGCGUACCUGGGACAGCGCAGGGGGCCGUGGCUGGGGGCCCUGCCGCUGUGGCCUCUGUCCCCCUGCAGCGUCGGGGCGUGCUGGACCGUGGGGCUCCCAGGAGGUGAAACCCCUUCCAGCAGCCUGCUCCAGGCCCCGCCUCUGCCUACACAAGCCCCGCUCCCCUCGUGUUCCCCCGAAAGCCGGCAAGCCAGCGUCCUGCCACGGCCCGGCCGACGUCUUGUCUUCAGGAUCGUUCCCUGCCAGAGGCCUGCCAGGACUGGGGUGGGCUGGCGUGCAGACCCUGCGGGACGCGGCCCUCAGGUGGGGUCUCCGCCAGAGCAGGAGGUCAGCCUGCAGACAGCUUCCACGUGGGUUUCCCUU